GAAAAUGUAACAACUCGAGACUGAACUGUGAUUUCUGACGAGAGAUCUGCGACGAGGCGACGACCCAAAUGGGGAAAACCAUAGCUAAUCCAAGAUCUGAACUCCCUCAAAUCCCGCAACCGGGCCCCCAAUCCCUUCCAAACCCAAUCUCCCAUCUCCGAUCCAAUGCCCCCUACCGGCGACGACCCGUCGGCCGCCGCCGGCAUCUCAUUCCCCGACGCGGGUGGUGGUGGCGAUUCUGAAGACGGCGACUUCGCCGGCUCCCACCUCCUCGACCCCACCGAUCCGGGCCUCCCCAACCCCACCACCUCCUCCGCUACCGGCCUGCCCCACGCGAUCCCUGCGGCCGGUAGCGGCGGCGGCCCGGUCACCUCCGGCAACGGCGGGGAGCGGCGGCCCCUGUUCCAGCGCCUCUGGACCGAGGAGGACGAGAUCGUGAUCCUCCGCGGCUUCGCGGAGUUCACCGCCGCGCGCGGCACGGCGUUCGCGUCGCACCAGUACGACACCGACCCCUUCUACGAGGACAUGCGCCGCCGCCUCCAGCUCGACUUCUCCAAGAGCCAGCUCGUGGAGAAGCUCCGCCGCCUCAAGCGCAAGUACCGCAACUGCGUCUCCCGCCUUCGCGAGUCCGGCGCCACCUUCACCUUCCGCUCCCCGCACGAGCAGGCCAUCUUUGAGAUUGCGCGCAACAUCUGGCGCCCCGCAAACAAACACGGCCGCGAUCCCUCGGCUGACUCCGACGAUGAAGACGCCGCCGCCGCCGCCGCGACACAGAUACCUGCCAACACCAGCCCCAACGGAGAAGUCAGGUCCCCGUCCUCUGCACGGCAGCGUCGCCGCAGGCGGGCGACGGAAUUCACCCCUGCCACAAACAUGUUGCAGCCCCCUCAGCCAGUGCCACUGUCUGUGUCAGUGCCUGUCAAGACGGAUGACUCCCUCCCAGCACAGCCCCAGACCCCAAUGCCGACCAUGGAUGGCUCAGAGCCUGUCAGGUUGCCAGUCGUGUCGCCUCAAUCAGGAGUUUCUGAUGCCGAGAAGACUUGCCUGACUCCUCUAUUUAGGGAGAUAAUACAUGCAGCGAUGAAUGUCGGAGCAAACCCAUUUGGUGCAAAGCUGCCUGAGCCGCCGCUUGGGUUGCCCUUGCCCAUGGAAGGGGAGAAGUGGCGGAGGCAGCGGAUUUUGGAGCUGGAGGUCUACUUGAAGAGGAUCGAGCUGCUGCAGGAUCAGGCGAAGGCAACGCUUGAGGAGCUCAAGUCCUCCACUCCUGGGACUUAACCCGUGAUAAGAUGAGACUCUCUUUCGUUUUAGGAUUCUUGCUCUGAUCCUUAGUGUAGAUGCUUAGGCAUUUUUGCAUAUUUUACAUCCAUAAAAGAAUAUUGUUAACUUGGUUGGGGCUUGGAGCUUUUUUAUUUGUUGUUCUAAAUGUUCAUGUGAUAUUAGCUUCCGAUUAUGAUCUUCUUUCUUUCCUUAUAACAUAGGUUCAUGGGGGUAUGAUUUGAGUGAACAGUAAGGUACCCUAUACAAAGAUGAAUUAUUACAAUUAGUUUAUUAAGAUUACAUAUCAUUGCUGCUUU